AUGGUAGAUGCUAGUGAGAAAUAUGGCGAUGGACAACAAAUGGUGGUAGCUGCAGAACCAAUUAAUACCGGUGAUAAAAUCUGGUGGUGUACAUGUGGUGAUGAUGAUUAUAUGAUGUCUAGAGAUGAAAUCUGUCAUUUAAUCAAAACACAACCAAAUUUAAAAAAUUUCCUUUGUUGGUAUUCAUAUAUGGCUGAAGACGAUAUGUAUAUGAUUCCUCGUACAUUUGAUGCUCAACAAAACAAUGAUGAAUGUGUUUUGUUUAAUCAUUCAUGUGAACCAAAUUGUGGUUUUGAUUCAGGUGAUGGAAAUACAAUUGUUGCAAUACGACCAAUUGCUAUUGGCGAAGAAUUAACAUAUGAUUAUCAUUUUCUUGAAACAGAACCAUCAUUAAUUCGUGGUAUGGAAUGUAAAUGUGAAGCACCAUCGUGUGUCGGUAGACUUAUGUUUGAUCGUUACCGUGAUGAAGAAUUUCAAAAGCGUUAUUAUGAUUAUAUGUCACCAUAUUUACAAUCACGUGUACGUGAAUUGAAAACAAAAUGGUAUUCAGGAAAAUGUUUUACACGAUCAGAAACACCAAUUAAAACGAAAUCUUUACAUGCACUUGAAUGGAUUCCAGCUGGUGAAAUUGUAGCACGUUUUUCAGGUGUAGUUCAGCCUGAUAAUCAUUUUAUUCGUUCAGUUAAUGAAGAAGAAGCUACAUGUGUUCUCGAUGAUAAUAAACAAGUAAUUGCUGUCUGUGAUUUACCACCAGAAGCUGAAAUUACAUUAAAUUAUCAUGGAAAGCUGUUGUAA